AUGUGUGCUUAUUUGGUUACAUCUUCAAGUACCCAUUGCUUGAAGCUUCAUAUCGAUGGAGCUCGCAUCUUCCAUGCGUCUGCAGCACUUGGAGUUCUUGUAGAUAGACUCGUGAAAGCUGCUGAUUCAGUUUUGGUAUGCCUAUCGAAAGGGUUAGGCGCACCCGUCGGAUCUGUGAUUGUUGGUUCAAAGGCAUCCAUUGACAAGGCCAGAAUUCUCCGGAAGACCCUAGGCGGUGGAAUGAGACACGUGGGAGUUCUUUGUGCUGCUGCUCAUGUUGCCGUUCGUGACACUGUGGGAAAGCUUGCGGAUGACCACAAAAAGGCUAAAGCUUUGGCAGAGGGACUGAAGAAAAUCGAGCAGAUUACAGUGGACUCAGCUUCGGUCGAGACCAAUAUGGUAUUCUUUGAGGUCAUGGAUCCAAGAAUAUCACCUGACAAACUGUGUCAAGUCUUGGAACAGCACAACGUGCUUGCAAUGCUAGCCAAUUUAACACAUCAUCUCUCAUUUCUUGCAUUGAAAAUGUCAUGUGCUACAAUCUUCAAGCUCUACAAGGUGAGGUCUGUUCUGUUUGGCCAGAAAGGCAUCCCAUACCUGAAUACCUACGAUGGCCGCACCAUGCGCUACCCCGACCCUCUCAUCAAGGCCAACGACACCAUCAAGAUCGAUCUAGAGACCAACAAGAUCAUGGACUUCAUCAAGUUGUAUUUGCCCUUUCAUGGACUUCAUCAAGUUAUAUACUUAGUUAGGCUCAAUGUUAGCACAAACAGUUGA